AUGGCGGACGAUAUUUCACGACACAAUAAGGAUCUGGGGGUCGAGUAUGAGAAGGAGAGAGUUGAGAAUCUCGAGCAUGUGGCUGAACAACAGAACCUGGUUCCUCACAUCGAUCCGGCUCGUCGGAUCGUUGUCGAGAAGAGCCUGAAGCGCAAGCUUGAUGCUCGGUGCAGUCUGUUCGUUUUGAUCUAUAUUAUGAAUUACCUCGACCGCAACAACAUCUCGGCGGCUCGUCUGAAGGGUCUGCAAACCGACCUCAACCUCACCAACAACCAGUACUCAACAUGUCUGAGUAUUCUGUACGUCGGCUACAUCUUGAUGCAAGUGCCUUCCAACAUGUUCAUCAACCGGAUCUCGCGGCCAUCGUGGUACAUUGCCGUCGCCAUGACCCUCUGGGGUAUCAUCUCCACAUGCUCCGGAUUCGCCAAAAGCUUCGGCGACAUGGUGGCUAUUCGGUUCUUGCUGGGUUUCGUUGAGGCUGCCUUCCUUCCUGGUGCCCUCCUCAUUCUCUCCAAGUGGUACACCCGCAGGGAGUUGACCACCCGGAACGCAAUCCUGUUCUGUGGUAACCUCAUUUCGAACGCAUUCUCGUCGCUCGUUGCUGCUGGAGUCUUGUCCAACAUGCAAGGCGUCUUGGGCCACGCAGCUUGGCGCUGGCUUUUCUGGAUCGAAGGUUCCAUCACCAUGGUCAUUGCCAUCUCCGCUGGCUUUAUCUUGCCUGACUUGCCUACCAACUCGAGCGGCUUCACCGAGGAAGAGCGUCUCGUUGCCCAGCUUCGUAUCAUUGAAGAUGUCGGCGAGGCCGAUACUGAUUCUGAGGAACAGAGUCCCUUCAGUGGUCUCAUGAUGGCCUUGAAGGAUUUCAAGAUCUACAUUAUGAUGCUGGCUUUCACUGCGUACGUCGUGGGAUUGUCAUUCAACGCUUUCUUCCCCACCCUCACCGGCACCCUCGGCUUCAGUUACGUCCCCACUCUGCUCAUGAGUGCUCCCCCGUGGGUCUUCUCCUGUAUCUUCUCCGUUGUCAACGCCUGGCACGCCGAUAGAACCCAAGAAAAGAUCUGGCACAUUUACGGUCCAAUCUUCAUGGGUCUCGUCGGCUUCAUCAUUAGCAUGUCAACCUUGAACGUAGCAGCCCGCUACGUCGCCCUCUUCCUGCAGGCAGGAUCCUACGCGGGUUUCAUCGUCUUCUACUCCUGGAUCAGUUCCUCCUUCCCUCGACCGCCCGCCAAGCGGGCCGUCGCUCUGGCAAUCAUCAACGCCUUCAGUCAACUGGGUAACGUUGCCGGUUCAUACGUCUGGGACCUCUCUGAAAACGGCUAUCGCAAGAGUUACGGAAUUGUGACGGCCAUGUACGGCAUUACCAUUGUCGGAUUCUGGAUCUUCCGCAUGAUUCUCAUGAACUUGAACAAGAAACUCGAGGAGAGUGAGGCUGAGUGGGAUGCUGGACAUACCGAUCCCCAGACUGGGGCUACUGUGAUCAUGGAGAGUGCUGAUGAGUCGCUGCGCAUGCGCAAGGGCUUCAGAUAUCUGGUCUAA